AUGGGCUGCUGUGGCUGUUCUGGAGGCUGCGGGGGCUCAGGGGGCUGUGGGGGCUCAGGGGGCUGUGGGGGCUGUGGGGGCUGCGGGGGCUGUGGGGGCUGUGGGGGGUGUAGGGGCUGUGGGGGCUGUGGGGGCUGUGGGGGCUGUGGGGGCUCAGGGGGCUGUGGGGGCUCAGGGGGCUGCAGGGGCUGCGGGGGCUGUGGGGGGUGGGGCUGUGGGGGCUGUGGGGGCUCAGGGGGCUGUGGGGGCUGUGGGGGCUGUGGGGGCUGUGGGGGCUGCGGGGGGUGUAGGGGCUGUGGGGGCUGUGGGGGCUGUGGGGGCUGUGGGGGCUCAGGGGGCUGUGGGGGCUGCGGGGGCUGCGGGGGCUGCGGGGGCUGUGGGGGGUGUAGGGGCUGUGGGGGCUGUGGGGGCUGUGGGGGCUGUGGGGGCUCAGGGGGCUGUGGGGGCUGUGGGGGCUGUGGGGGCUGCGGGGGCUGCGGGGGGUGUAGGGGCUGUGGGGGCUGUGGGGGCUGUGGGGGCUGUGGGGGCUCAGGGGGCUGUGGGGGCUGUGGGGGCUGUGGGGGCUGUGGGGGCUGCGGGGGGUGUAGGGGCUGUGGGGGCUGUGGGGGCUGUGGGGGCUGUGGGGGCUCAGGGGGCUGUGGGGGCUGUGGGGGCUGUGGGGGCUGUGGGGGCUCAGGGGGCUGUGGGGGCUCAGGGGGCUGUGGGGGCUGUGGGGGCUCAGGGGGCUGUGGGGGCUGUGGGGGCUGUGGGGGCUGUGGGGGCUGCGGGGGGUGUAGGGGCUGUGGGGGCUGUGGGGGCUGUGGGGGCUGUGGGGGCUCAGGGGGCUGUGGGGGCUGCGGGGGCUGCGGGGGCUGCGGGGGCUGCGGGGGGUGUAGGGGCUGUGGGGGCUGUGGGGGCUGUGGGGGCUGUGGGGGCUCAGGGGGCUGUGGGGGCUGUGGGGGCUGUGGGGGCUGCGGGGGCUGCGGGGGGUGUAGGGGCUGUGGGGGCUGUGGGGGCUGUGGGGGCUGUGGGGGCUCAGGGGGCUGUGGGGGCUGCGGGGGCUGCGGGGGCUGCGGGGGCUGUGGGGGGUGUAGGGGCUGUUGCCAGUCCAGCUGCCGUGUUCCCGUUUGCUGCCAGUCCAGCUGCCGUGUUCCCGUUUGCUGCCAGUCCAGCUGCUGCGGACAGUCUUGCUGCAAGCCCAGCUGCUGCCAGUCCAGCUGCUGUAAGUCCAGCUGCUGCCAGUCCAGCUGCUGUGUCCCUAUUUGUUGCCAGCGCAAGAUCUGA